GUCGGCUUGGCUGGGCCCGCGAGUCCUGAGCUGCCACAAAAAAUCACAGCCAGCCACGCGUGGACUGCUCCCGAGCCCCAGCCGGUGGCCAGCUUGCAAGAAACGCGAGGCGCGCCCGGGCGCUUAGCAAACACAUCUCCCAGCAGUCAGGAGGAAACAAUACGACGCCCGGCGCCGCGUGUAGAGGUGCUCGAGCCUAUCAACGCCAAAAAGCCGCGCCGCGUCACAACAAAGGCGUCAGACCCCGUCGACGCCCGCCGCCACCACAAAAAUGUCCGGCAUCCAGUCCGGCUCGAGCCACCUCAUCAUCCCGAAGCGCAUCUUCGCCGUGGUCACGCUCGGCGCGUUAGGUGGAUUGAGCGGAGUCCUCGUGUCGAACCACCUCUACAAUAGACAAGUAGAGCAGUUCCUCCACGAGAAGACGUCCGCGGCGAAGCGCGCGAACACGCAAUUAACUGGAGAGAAGGAUGAUUAUAGGGCGCUGUUCAACAAACUCACGGUCCAAAUGGACGAGGACGCCAAGGACGGCAAGAUCACGCAGGAGGAGUCGGGCGGGUUCCACCAGCUCGCGCAGCGGUUGAUGGAAGGUCUGCAAUCCAUGCAGGAUCUGUUGGAGGAGAAGGAGUUUCAAUUGUGGGAGAAGGAGGGGCUGCUCGAGUACCAGGAGGAGCGGUUAGUGAACACGGAAGAUCUAGAAACGGAGAUGGCCGCGUACAUCAACGAGAUGGCCUCGCAGUUACUGAAGCGGGGCAAGGCCCUGCCCGCGGGCCUGGCGGACCAGCCCUAUUUUGGUGGGGCCAAGAAAGCGGAGGAGGAGCGGAGGCGGUUUAGACCCUAGGCUCGCGUAAGGGACCGUCUCGUGUGA